AAGCAGUGUUUAAGUCGUAGAGACGUAGGCCAGGUAAACAUUGUCAUUUGCCGUUUGACAGCCAGAAGCCAUACAUUCAGGAGGGAAGAAGACAGAAUAAAUGUCAGGAUUGCUACACCUUUUUGAAGAUGACAACCUCUAAGGAAAGCCUUCAUUAGACGUCCUGAUUAUUGAUUGGUUACUACCAUGGCAGAGACGAAACAAUCCCUAAAGUGUGAGCACUGCGGUAUUUUAAGUACAUGUCGAGCAUCAAUGGACAUCCACCUUCGCUCGCAUUUUGGCAUAAAGCCCUAUAGUUGUAGCAUCUGUGGGAAAUCGUUCAGUCGAAAAGCGAACUGUCAGAGGCAUGAGUCUGGUCAUUCUGGUGACAAACCUUAUGAGUGUGGUGUUUGUCUAGCAAGAUAUACAUCAAAAGGAACCUUGACAAAGCACUUGAAGUUUCACACAGGCGAGAACUUGCUGGACUGCGAGGUCUGUGGCAGGAAAUUCACCCAAAAUAGCCAUCUGAAGGCCCACUUGCGAACCCAUACGGGGGAGAAGCCUUUUCAGUGUUCCAUUUGCCGCAAGAAGUUUUCCUUGGAGUACGACCUUAAGAUGCACCAGACUGUUCAUGAGGGAAGAGAGAUGCCGUGUACCAUCUGUGGGAAAGUGUUUCAUCAUUUGGGAUCCUUCAGGGGACAUAUGCUCAGACACUCACAGACGAAGGUGUUUAAGUGUUCCAUAUGUGGAAUCGAAUUCAACUCCAAUUGUAGCCUCAAAGCUCACUUGCGAGUCCACACAGGAGAGAAACCGUUUGUUUGCACAGUUUGUAACCGAGGAUUCAGCAGGCAGACAGGCCUGAAGGACCAUAGUUUGAUACAUGACAGAGAAAGAGCCUUGCUCGAGUCCAAGUCGGAUGACCAGGAGUGUUCUGAAAAUGACUCUAGUCAUUUUUGUGGUAUCUGUCGAAAGAGAUACGCUAACAAGUAUAGUCUUAAUCAACACAUGAAAGUGCAUGCAGAGAAGCCAAUCAGAUGUCCCGAUUGUCGAAGGAUAUUCACAAGCGAGAGUUAUUUGAAAAAACAUCAGGAGAAUAGAGCCUGCUACAUGAAGAAGUUCAGGUGUUCGUUUUGCGUUCGUGUGUUCCUGAAGAAAAUGAACAUUAUCAUGCAUGUAAAGAGUACUCAUUCUGCUGAGUUGAAGGAAGUUCAAUCAUUUCCUUGCGAUAAAGAGAAAUUAUUCAUGUGCAGCGUUUGCAAGAAGUAUUUUCCAAAUGAGCGAUCACGAAUGUGGCAUGAAGUUUGUGCGCAUAAGUUAGUAGAACAAGUUAAAUCAGAUACAAGUGAGAAACAGACUAUUAGUGCUGUAAAUUGCAAUUCCAAAGAACUGAUUGGCAGGAAGAGUGAUGAAGACAGCAGGGAUUCAGGUUCUGAGAGCGAUAAGGAUCCGAGCGAUCUCUAUCCAGAAAACAGUAUCUUUAUUAAAGAGGAGGAUAUAGACAGCAAUGAGUCUCUGUCUGCCAAACUAGACAGACCUGAAGGUAAAAAAUCCAUUGAGAAUCUAAAAGAGGACUCGGUAGUUAUAAAGAGCGAAAAGAACGAGGACUGUUUGUUCAUCAAAGAAGAAUGUGACUAUGCAAGCUAAGCAUCUCUUCCAGAUUAUGAUAUUUCUACAUAUUUUUUACUAUUUUGUAAAUCGGUGGUAUCGUGAAAACGCAUUCAUAGUGUGAAUAGCUAGACUGUGCUGGUCCUGAGAGAUUUUGGCAUCUCGGAGAAGAUUAUAGAGAGGUAGCUCCCUACUGUGCAUCAUUGAUCAAUAUGAGUUGGCAGAAUGAAUAACAACGACAAUGCGUAAUUAACAGUUAUGGUAUUGGAGGUUUCUGCAAAGAUGUACAUUACUGGAAAAAUACACUGUUUGAAAAAGUAUGUUAAAGCCAUGCAGUGUGUUUAGAUGUGAAUGUCGUCGUCUAUGUUGUUCAGCUAAAUCUCAGGAAUACAGAGAAAUCUUUUGGAGACUAAGGUACAGAGGAGGCAGAAAAGACCUAACAAACAGAAUUCAUGUUUGAUCGUUAUGAAAUUAAGGGUUCUGUGAAUAUGUGCAUUGCUGGAAAAAUACACAAUAGCAAAAAGUAAGUUACAAGCCAGGUGAUGGGCGAUAUGUUUGAUGUGAUGUACAUCGUACUCUUUUGUGCUGUUCAGCUAAUCUCAGUAAUGCAGAGAAAUCUGGACUUAUAAGUGGUUAUUGGAUUAUUUUUUUAUAUGGGUGUCCAAGAUUAAAAAAUGGUUAAAAAACAAGAAUUUACCAGAGGAUGUUUUCCUUCUUUGUAGAUUGGAGAAUAUAUACAUUAAUUCUUGAUUUCAGUUAACAACUUUAUAUACGUACACUUAUGGAAACCAAUGACACAAUAGAAGUCUUGUAAUUCUACCACAUAUAUCAAUUUUAGUUUGCCUCAAAAACACUCGGUUAUUUCAUGAGUAAUCUGUUUAAUCGUGCUGUUUAUCCACUAGUCUUUGCUUACUGUCUUCAUUUUUCAUGAGUAAGAAAAGUGAAAAAGAUUGAAUAACAGC